UAACCGUACAAUGAUAACAACAAAAGGACUCAUAACCAAAGCCGUCGGAUUAACUACAAACACGUCUGCUGAGGAAAAAAAUAAUCUAAUCUGACGGUUCACAUUAAUUAGAGUGAUUAUCAAGAAGAAUCUGAACAUGAAGCUCCGCGAUCUGUGUUUUAUUUGUUCUCUGAAACGAAACCAGAGAAAAUUGAGAGAGAGUUUUCUUUUCCAAAUUAAUAAUCUAAUCCUUCGAUUUCCAAGUGCUGAUUUAAAGCUAAAUUUUUCUGGAAGUCUUUUAUUUUCUCGAUUUAAGUUAGUUCUUUUUGUAUCUCUGUGAAAGAUCAUGGAGAUUGAAGUGAAGGACCUAAAUGAUCAAGAGAAAGAAACUGAAGAAACUGAAGCAAUAGAGCUUGUUCUCUUUCAUGUUUCUGAAUGCUACAUUUACUUGAUACCCCCAAGGAAAAGUGCUGCUUCAUGUAGGGCUGAUGAAUGGAAUGUUAACAAAUGGGCAUGGGAGGGGAUGCUGAAAGUCAUUAGCAAGGGUGAAGAGUGCAUUAUCAAACUUGAAGACAAAACGACAGGGGAAUUGUAUGCAAGGGCAUUUUUGAGAGACGGCGAGCCACAUCCAGUUGAACCUGUAAUUGACAGUAGCAGAUAUUUUGUUUUGCGCAUAGAGGAAAACAUAGGUGGUCGCCUUCGGCAUGCAUUUAUUGGCAUAGGAUUUCGAGAAAGAACUGAAGCCUAUGACUUUCAGGCCGCCCUGCAUGAUCAUAUGAAAUAUCUGAACAAGAAGAAAACAGCAGAAGAGAUGGAACAACAUUUUCAGAAAACCUCCACAGUUGAUUACAGUUUAAAGGAAGGGGAGACCCUUGUGCUACAAAUAAAAAAUAAAAGUGGGAGUGGCAUGAAGUCCAAGAUUUUGGAUCAGGGUCUAAAUAAUCUCUCAUUAGAGGAGAAGGGUGAACAAAAAGAGCUCAUCCUUGGUAUCAAACUGCCCCCACCACCCCCAGCUCCAGUUUCACCUGUGACUUCCCCGAGAUUUCCAUCAGACUUGCCUCCGAAAAUAUCCCUUGAUGGAACUUCUAUAGAUAAUUCCCCAAGGCUGAGAAAGGAAGAGGCUAAAGAGCAACAUUCUCCUGAUAAUGAGAGCACACAAGAUAUCCCGGAUGAUGAUUUUGGUGAUUUUCAAGCUGCCGGGUGAAGUAAGAUUUAAGACUGACCUGUUUAGAUAAACAUCCAACUAUGAAAUGCUUGAUGAUCAUGCUUUUGUAAAGUAUCUGGUACAUAUUACACAAGUCUUAAUUAUUUUGGAUAAUGAGAUAUGCGACUAAGAGUGGUUUACUUUUUUUGUUUUUUUUUUUCCUCUCUCCCCAGUUCUGAGUAGUUAGGAUUUCUGUAUAAUCAAAGUUUUAUGGAAAUAAAAUAACUGCUUUAGUAAUAA